AUGAAGACAAAAUAUGGUGCUCCGACAGAUGCUACCGACGAGUACAUUAAAAUAGGAGAAUCUACUACUUUGGAAAGUUUGAAACGAUUUUGUCGUGCUGUUGUCGAGGUCUUUGGAACCUGCUAUCUCCGAUCACCUAACGCUGAUGAUGUUGCAAGGCUACUACACAUUGGUGAAAGUCGAGGUUUUCCAAGAAUGUUGGGUAAUUUAGAUUGUAUGCAUUGGAAAUGGAAAAAUUAUCCUAUGGCUUGGGGAGGACAAUACGCUGGUCGUAGUGGAUCUCCGACUAUUAUUCUUGAAGUUGUAGCUGACUAUGAUCUUUGGAUAUGGCAUGCAUAUUUUGGUCUACCUGGAUCUAACAAUGAUAUUAACGUGUUGGAAGCGUCCCAUCUUUUUUCUAAUCUUGCUGCGGGUAUUUCUCCACCCGCUAAUUAUGUCAUUAAAGGGAAAGAGAAUAAUAUGGGUUAUUAUUUAGCCGACGGACCAACGCAUCUAUGGAAUAAGAGGAUAUUACAUGAUAUAAUGACUUCAUGUAUUAUUAUGCAUAAUAUGAUACUAAAAGAUGAACGCGACUUUAAUGCACCCAUUGAAGAACGACUCGAAGUGCCAAAUCCAGAAGUUGAGAUGGUGGGUAAUGACGAUGAUCGAUUUCAAGAAUUUCUAGCUCGACAUAGAAAAAUUAAAGAUAAGGAUGCUCACAUUGCACUUCGAAAUGCAUUAAUUGAACAUUUGUGGGACGAAUAUAGUAUCAGAAAAUUAGAUUAA